AUGUUGCCCGCCUCCGGCAUCCCGCCGUUGCCAAAUUUUCUGGCCGUCGCCCAGCCUCAAGCCAUGACGCUGCCCGAACUCCUGGCGAUGCAGCUACAGUACCGGCAACUUUUUGGUGGUGGCCUCUCAAUGAACCUCCAGCAUCUGCAAAUGUUACUCCUCAACGCCAGCCUACAAACUCCCUGCUCCGCACCGCAGCCAAUUACGCCAGAUUUUGUGAAGAAGGAUGCGGAGGUUGAGUCCUCCUUCUCCAGCAGCUCGCACUCCCCUGGAUCUGACGUGAUCGCCUAUACACUCGAUGCCCUAGAAACAGCCGACGGGAGAACCAAGAAAAGAGAUCGCUCUACGCACGAGAAAGAAGAGAAGCCGGGGCGCUGCGUUUGUGAGCAUUGCGGGAAGAGCUACGCUACGUCAAGUAACCUUUCUCGGCACAAGCAGACCCAUCGGGCCCUCGACAGCCCGUACGCUAAACAGUGCCCACAUUGUGAUCGAGUGUACGUCAGUAUGCCGGCGUUAAGGUCAUAUGCGAUCUCACACCGGGCUGAAGCCGUUCGGCUGCGCGCACUGUGGAAAAGCGUUCGCGGA